AGCCGAGGUUCGGCCAGCUCCAGCGCACAGGCGGGAGGGCACGAAGAGCGCAGCACGGCGCAGCCCUAUCCGAUAGCAGAGCGGACCGCGCUUGAAGCCGAGCGCUGCUGCGAGAGGCCGGCGAUCGGGACAGGUGCCGCUGGCUGCGCCAUGGACCGAUCGCGCCUGCUGCUGUUGCUGUCGCUACUGUUCCAGGGGGUGUCCCUCGGAGGUGCCAAGGAAGCAUGCCCUACCAACCUGUAUACCCACGGUGGCGAGUGCUGCAAAGCCUGCAACCUGGGCGAGGGUGUGGCCCAGCCGUGCGGAGCCAACCAGACUGUGUGUGAACCCUGCCUGGACAGUGUGACAUUCUCCGACGUGGUGAGCGCCACUGAGCCGUGCAAGCCGUGCACCGAGUGCGUGGGUCUGCAGAGCAUGUCGGCGCCGUGCGUGGAGGCUGACGAUGCCGUGUGUCGCUGCGCCUACGGCUACUACCAAGAUGAGGCGACCGGGCGCUGCGAGGCGUGUCGGGUGUGCGAGGCGGGCUCGGGCCUGGUGUUCUCCUGCCAGGACAAGCAGAAUACCGUGUGCGAGGAGUGCCCCGACGGCACCUACUCUGAUGAGGCCAACCACGUGGACCCGUGCCUGCCGUGCACCGUGUGUGAAGACACUGAGCGCCAGCUACGCGAGUGCACACGCUGGGCAGACGCCGAGUGUGAGGAGAUUCCUGGCCGGUGGAUGACACGGUCCCCGCCCCCGGAGGGCUCGGACAGCAUGGCCCCCAGCACCCAGGCGCCUGAGGGACCUCCGGAACAAGAGCUGCUGGCCAGCACAGCAGCGGAUGUGGUGACCACCGUAAUGGGCAGCUCCCAGCCCGUGGUGACCCGGGGCACUGCCGACAGCCUCAUCCCGGUCUACUGCUCCAUUCUGGCUGCUGUGGUCGUUGGCCUUGUGGCCUACAUCGCCUUCAAGAGGUGGAACAGCUGUAAGCAGAGCAAGCAAGGAGCCGACAGCCGCCCCGUGAACCAGACGCCCCCACCUGAGGGAGAAAAACUGCACAGUGACAGCGGCAUCUCCGUGGACAGUCAGAGCCUGCAUGACCAGCAGCCGCACACGCAGACAGCCUCUGCCCAGGCCCUGAAGGGUGACGGAGGCCUUUACAGCAGCCUGCCACCUGCCAAGCGCGAGGAGGUAGAGAAGCUGCUUGACGGUUCGGCGGGGGACACCUGGCGGCACCUGGCAGGCGAGCUGGGUUACCCACCUGAGCACAUAGACUCCUUCACGCAUGAGGCUUAUCCUGCCCACGCCCUGAUGGCCAGCUGGGCUGCCCAGGACAGCGCCACACUGGAUGCCCUCCUGGCUGCACUGCGCCGCAUCCAGCGAGCUGACAUCGUGGAGAGCCUGUGCAGUGAGUCUACAGCCACGUCCCCAGUGUGAGCCGCCGCCGCUGCCCUGGGGAGCCCCUGCCGCACCCCUACGCGCCAAUGAGAGAUGCUCCAGCCAAUCCCCAGGAGCCCGCCCCUCAUACCCCACCCCGGGGUG